AUGAGCGGGAAAAUCACAGAUUUCUUUGAGAAAAAGACAACAACAACUAUAGAUGAAGCAGAAAAUAAAGAUAAUGAUAAAGAAUUAACUUCUACCACUACCACCACCACAACAACCUCCACCACCUCAAAAAAAAAAGUAGCUGCAGCACCAAAAAAAAAAGCAGCUGUAGCAUCUAAAAAAAGAAAACAUGAAUCGUCAGAUGAAGAAACAGAUAAAGAAGAACAACAAAACGAUGAUGAUGACGAUGGUGAAGAAAAAGUCGAAAAUAAUAAUAAUAAUAAAAAAUUAAAAAAUGAAGAGAAAUCUGAAGAAAUUAAUUCGACAAUAACAGAUAACAAUUAUUAUGAUGAUAUUGAAAAUUAUUUUACAGAUAAACAAUGGAAAGAAGCAUUGAGUGGUGAAUUUGGUAAAGCAUAUUUUAAGAAAAUGAUAACACAAUUAAAUAAACGUUAUAGUUCAAAAGAGAAACCAAUUUAUCCACCAAAGAAUGAGAUUUUCUCUGCAUUUAAUUACGCACAUUUGGAGGAUGUCAAGGUGGUUAUCAUUGGUCAAGAUCCGUACCAUGGCAAGGGUCAAGCUCAUGGCUUGAGUUUCUCGGUCAAGAAGGGGGUAUCACCACCACCAUCAUUGAUUAAUAUCUACAAAGAGUUGGAGACUGAUAUCGAGGGCUUUAAAAGACCUUUGAAAAACGGCUUCUUAGAGCCAUGGGCUAGACAGGGUGUGUUCUUACUUAACGCUGUCUUGACAGUGGAAGAGGCAACACCAAAUUCUCACAAAGAUUUCGGUUGGGCUGAUUUCACUGAUGCCGUAUUAAAAAUACUAAGUAAACAAGAUCAACCAAUCGUUUUCAUUUUGUGGGGUGGCUUUGCUCAAAAGAAGGAAAAACUAUUCACAAAUAAAAAUCAUUUGGUUUUAAAGAGUGGUCAUCCUUCACCAUUAUCAAUUAAACAUUUCAUUGGUUGUAAACAUUUCUCAAAAUCAAAUGAAUUUUUAAAAUCAAAAGGUAUUGAAGAAAUUGAUUGGAAGAUUACAGAAUAA